AUGUCGAUAUCCAAUUGCAUUCGUCGGGAGACUGAGGAUGUACAAUGGGGGCCGGUCUCUUCACCUUCGAAUUCUGAAAAGCACGAAAUGUCGGAUUAUUGCCAUCACUGGUGGCACACUCUUGCUACCUGGAAUAUCGUUUGGCUAACAUGGAUUGUGAUCUUUGGUUUAUGCUUGUAUGCUUUGUCUGUGCGGUACCUUCAGAAUGCACUGAACAUGGUGAGCUCAAGACCUGGGGCUCAGUCCAUGCCAUCUGAUAUGGAGCAUGCUUUUGACGAAGACCAAGCGUUCGCGAUGCAGGGACUCUCGAGAACGCACAAGGCCGAUGAUAUGGACCUGCAGGAUGAUGCAUUCGGUGACACAAAGUCGGAGUUUGCGCCUAUGAAUGAUCACCCGGAUGACGCUUCCUUCAUAAAUGCAACAGCAGAUCCAUUCAAUGAUGCACCUAUUGUCCAUCCCACUACCAUUCACACAGCUGCACCGCAAGUGUCACGGUUCCACUAG